GACUCAGACGCUUAUCUGAUAUUUGUAGUGUGUGUGAUCCCACAAACACUGCAAACUUUUAAGUUUAAUCAACUUUAAUUUGCAAUUCAUUUCAACUUUCUUGAUUAUAAAUUGUAAAAAAAGUUAUUUCAACUUACUUUUUUAUUAUUUAUAGAAACUCCUCACUGUUUUACAAAGUUUAAAUAAAUUUUAAUUUCGAGUUUUACAAAUUUUAAGUUUUUUUGUAAAAAAUUACAAAAAAAUACGAAAAUUCUUCGAAACAUAAACUGCUACAAUUUCAACUUUCGGGUUUCUUGAGGACCAUGGCAAAGUUUAUUUUACUCAGUCUGUGCUUUCUGACGUGUGGUGUGUUUGGUGCUGAAGUGAAGUCAGUGUCAGUGAUGGAGGGUGAAUCUGUUACUCUAUCCAGUGAUACUGUGAAACAGACAGAUGAUCGGAUAUUGUGGUAUUAUGGACCUGAAAACACUUUUGUUGCAAGAAUCAAUGGACAGUCCAAUAGCAUCAUAUUAUCUGAUGAUGAGAGAUUCAAAGACAGAGUGAUGCUGGACAAUCAGACUGGAGAUCUCACCAUCACAAACUUCACAACUCAACACUAUGGACUUUAUACACUUAAGAUCAGCAGAAAUCAGAAAGUCUCAUACAAGAAAUUCAAUGUUAAUGCUCGUCUGCCAGUUCCUGUCAUCAGCUGUAACUCUUCACAAAGUUCUUCAUCAUCUUCAUCAAGCUCAAACUGUGUGUUACUGUGUACAGUGUUGGUGUAUAAUGUGAGAGAUGUGAGUCUGUCCUGGUACAAAGGAAACAGUUUAUUGUCCAGCAUCAGUGUGUCUGAUCUCAACAUCAUCAGACUCUCUCUACCUCUGGAGGUUGAAUAUCAGGAUACAAACACAUACAGAUGUGUACUCAACAAUACCAUCACAAACCAAACUCAACAUCUCAACAUUAAUCAUCUCUGUCAAACGCGUUCAGAUUCUUCUGUCCAGCGGGUCAUUAUAAUUGCAGUUGUAUUAGUUCUUGUGCUGCUCUGUGUGAUCAUCAUCAUCAUCACUGUUGUCUACAAACACAAAAGAGCUCAUCUAGCAAAUCUCAAGAAACCAUUAUAUGCUGAAGUAACUGAUGAAGAAAAGAGCCUAACCUCCAGCAGCACAUCUGAAGAUGUAAAUAAACAGCAACUAUGACUCACAUCGGGGUUAAAAAAACGCAGGGACGCACUUUGACAUGUUUGUUUCUCAUCAAAGCGGAAUCAACUUGAUUUAUUCUCUCAUGUAUAAUAAUAAACUUAUGUGUAAGACAUUUGAAACUGUGAAAAGUCUACUUUUAUAUGUGUAUGUAGACACAAGCGACAAUGGUUUGAAAAAAGGAAAAAAAUUUAGUAACCAACAUGUGAAACAGGCACGAAAAAGAAAGUCGUGCCACGGACACGUGAAAACGUGGGAACACGUAACCUAAACACCUAAACGUUAUUCGGAAGGGCACGGAUAAUGGCUUUAAAACGAAUAACGAAUUGAACGCCCAGGGCAGCAAGGGCACGAGCAAAAUACUGUAUCUGGUAAUCUCCCGCUGGUCGCUUUAU